AUUUUUAGUACAGCGAGCAUCGACAAACUUCACGUGGCUGAAGAGCUGAAAAAGCCUCAUUUGCAGGAUCGCAACAUAUCUGGCGCCGCGCCCUUCUUUAUUCCAGCUACUCUCUACCCUUUUUCCUUCCUCCUCAACUUCGUCUCCCCGUCCAUAUCCAUCUCAAGCCCCAACCAUGGACGUCGACUCUCGCGGCUUCUCCCACCGCCUCGUCCGACCCAACUGGUUCGACAUUCAGCCCACCGACCUUUCCACACGCCUCCGCACUCUCAUAUCCACGCCUGAAUUCGCCGCCGUCUCAGCAGCUAUCCUGCACCAUGCUAUCGGUUAUCUGAAUAUUACGUUCUUUCUAGUUGCUAUUCUUACGAUUUGUGUUCAGGCGGGGGAUGAGUUUGUGAGGAGGGAUGGGGUUUUUGAUCCCGAGAGGGAGAGGGCAUUUGUGAGGGAUGUGAGGCCUAGGGUGCUUUAUGUUUUGUUGGGGGCGGGGUUGAGGUUUUGGUGGGUUGUGAGGGGGUUUGUUAGGGGUGUGGGGUGGGUGGUGAGGGUGAGACCGGAGGAGUUGGUGCCUGGGAAGGGUGUGGUGACUGUUUUGGUUGUUGUGAUUGGGGUUGUAUGGGUGGAUUGGAAGAUGGGGUUUCGAUGUUGGAGGUUCUUGCGGAACACUUGCUUGACGACUUUAGAUUUGACCAAAGUUGUGUCUCGAGGAGUGCUACAUCACUUUUGGGAACUACUCAACCAACUGCAUAUGUUGGUCAAGAGUCCAAAUGAGCAGUACAAGCACAAGGAUGACCGUACUCUCCAGCCUGGCGAGAUCCGACUAUUGAGGUUGGAGCGGUGGAUCCCCUUCUUUGGAGUCAGGGCCGUUCUCUAUCCCGUCAAGGUCGGCGACAAACCUGUUUACGAAGCCAUAUCAUAUACUUGGGGUACGUCCAAGGAGCAGCGCGAGCUCAUGAUCAAUGGCAAGCCGUUUGCUACAUCCACAUCAACAUACAAUGCUUUGCACGGACGCAGCUCGAUGUUCCGCUCACGAGUUGUCUGGAUUGAUUAUAUCUGUAUUGACCAAUCAAAUGAUGUCGAGAAAGGAAGCCAAGUGAAGAUGAUGACAGAGAUAUACGAAAGCGCAACUAGAGUUGUUGUCUGGCUAGGAAAACCCCUCAGUCCUCGUCUAGCUAUCACUCUCCUAAAUGAGAUGGCUACGCUACCAUCCAGCAUCGACAGUUACCGUCGCUACGAACACUUGACCAGCUCCGUGCAAUGGCUAGCCAUGGUAGAUUUCUUCACCCUCCUCUGGUUCACUCGCGUGUGGAUCGUGCAAGAAGUCGCCGUCGCAAAAGAAGUCCUCUUCAUAUGCGGCGGCAUGACAUUUUCGUGGGCUAUGUUGCAAGGCUGGGUCGAGAUAUUCAGGGAUCCACAGAUGAGUGGUUUGAUGGGUCUCACUAAGUCCAGCCAGAAAGCCAAGAGGAAUAUCAGUAACUUCAAUUCUAUCGUUACCGUACAGCGAAGGCUGCAGAUAACUGCUUCGUGGCGGAAGAAUCUUGAGACUUUAAAGAGAGCGGACGCGAUUAUGAAGGCUUUGAGUAAGAGAAAUCCUGAUCUUGAAAGUAAAGCUGGGGAGCCGAGUAUGAUGGAUAAUAUCAAUGCUAUGCUCAUGCCGCUUACACUGCCAUUUCUACUCACCGACUUUGGCGAUUUCGAAUCCACGGAUCCUCGGGAUAAAAUAUUCGCUUUUACUGGUCUGGUGACAGACGAGCCGAAUCAAGCAUUCGCUCCAGAUUAUUCGAAGUCGGUCGAAAAGGUCUACAGAGAUACAGCGGUAUACCUUCUCCAAAGUAAAGAGCCAUUCUCCGUGAUAUCGAGCGCAGGAAUCGGUAGUAAAAGAAAGUUGGAGUUACCAUCAUGGGUGCCGGAUUGGACGAGUCCGCCAACAGGCGCACCAUUCACGCAUCCCAGCUACUUCGACGAUUUCUCGCCUGAUUUAAGGGCUUCGGCAUGCGGAAAUACACAAGCGAAAAUUCAUUUCGAUGCUGGAAGCCCUGAUGUUCUAGGCCUUGAUGGCAUCAUUUUUGAUGAGGUUACUUUCGCUGGGAAGCCAUUUGAUUACAGUGCAGAAGACGACGAGGGGUGUGUAGUGGAUGAAGUGGGAAAUAGGUUCUGGCCACAGGAGUUCAUUGGUAAUUAUCUCUGGUAUGAGGAAGCUCAUAACCUCGCUCAGAAACACGGGACAAAGUACGGAACCGACUACGAUGCUAUCGAGAACGCGUUCUGGCGAACUCUUGUCGGUGAUCAAACGCCAUUCAAGAGACCUGCGCCAGAUAUCUUGUACCGGGAUUACAAACAAUGGGUUGAAUUGUCGAAGUAUAAUGAUCAGAUCGCAAGAGAGAUUUUAGCGAAGGAGAGGAAUAGUCUUCCCACUGAUGAGCGUUAUUGGCAGACUGUACAGGAUACUGCUACAUGGGGGACGGCGCUGGGGACGUGCGCUUCGAUGAGGAAGUUUGCGGUUACGAAAGAGGGGCAUAUGGCAAUGUUGCCGACGUUGGCAGAGGUGGAUGAUGUGAUAUCGGUCGUUUGCGGGUGUAGAUAUCCUUUGUUGCUGAGACAGAAAGCAUGGAAGGGUCAUGAAGGGACGGGGGAGACCUUUUAUGAGUUGGUGGGCGAGUGUUAUGUGCAUGGGAUUAUGGAUGGGGAGGUCAUGAACGAGGAGACUGAGGUGCAAAAGCUCCUCAUUGUGUAG